UAUGUUUUACCUGCUGCUUCUCCUUGUGGUACCUGCAGGAGCUACCAGACUUUACACCGGACGAAAUCAACAGCACGAAACUUUCAACUCUAAACUCGAUCAACUGCUCAAGCAUAUAGACUCAGUAGGGAGUGAGCUGAAAACAUUAAAUACCGCCUACAAGAACCUGAAAGAACAGGGAGACCAAUACAGGGGUGUCACAGACGGUAGCCACGAGAGAGGGCAACUAGCUCCACUCCUCAGUGCCAUGGGGAAGACCCAGCCGUGGGACGAAAAUGUUGACCAAUGUACAUGGACUGACUCUUCCGUCAGUAAGGAGAUGUAUCAUGGAGGAGCGAUUAUUACAAAGAAAUACUUUUGUUCUGACAGCAACCACUUCCUUACUCACUUGGAAUAUUCGGACGAAUUGGGAAUUCACAAUGGCAAGUGUUGUAAGAGAAGAAAAAGAUAGAUCAAGAUGUGAACAUGACUAGAUAAAGAUCACUAGUGACUGUUACUUAGAUAGAAUCCUGAAAGAACUUUAAGAUUGACGAUUUCAAUUGCUUCAGUAGAUGUCCUGGACGGAAUAGUUUUAUUUGUGAUCAUCCCAAGGACCAGAUUUCAAUUAUCGUAUACAUUGAUACAUAGUUGGGUUUCAUUGUCGAUGACAAAGAAUUCCUCCUCAUCGCCAUUCUUAUAUUUGUAACGCUAUUUAUUAUGAUCGUGACGACUGUGUCGACGAAUUUGUAUAAGAUUAUGUUUAAAUAUUGUCAAUAUUGCCGAAUUUAUCAGU